AUGUCGAGCACAUCCAGUGAUACAGAGUCGUCCUGUGGUUGGAGCAUCAUCAGCGUGGAGGGUUCAGAUAUUGAGACUUUGGUGGCGGAGGCCAUGGCACAGCAUGAAAGUGUUAGCCCAGAGCUUCCUACUGCAGUAGAAGCAGAACUGCAAGACUCUCAAGACUCAGUUCUUACCUCUGGAUGUAAGGAUGGAAAAGUUGACGUCUUACUGGACGAUAUGCUGGGAGAACAAACCGAGGACAAUACUCUGCGCGCCUCAGAGGCUGGAGCUAGCGACCACUCGGACAUCGUGACGCUACAGGAGCUUAGAGAGGGCGCGGCAGCGACAGGAGACGAGGGCUCGUUCAUGGGCAUGUCCUGCAGCAGCCAGUACACCUUCACCGCCGCAGAGACCGAUAUGAGUUCGAGUCGCUGGAAAGUUGGUCGCAGCCUGUUGAAUUUAGGCUGCCGUCUGCAACGUCGGCUCACGGGCGGCUACACUUUUACAGUUUUACCUGCCGGACGACCGGCCGCCGCUACAAACUCAAGCAGUAGCGAGAGUGAAACCAACCCCAACGUCACGGUGCGAAGACGCAGGGUCAGGAGGAGUACAGCAAAUGCCGGUACAGAGUCUUGCGAAGAGGAUGAGACGACGCUGGCGGAAGUCGGCGAAGACCAGGAGCGACGGGUGGAGCGGACCGAUGUCGGACCCAUUCGAGGCAAUGGCGACGAAAACCACCGCGGUUACAUUUUGCUCGUCCUCCUCUUCGCACUCAGCAUAGGCCUUGGACACUACUACGGUACCAUGCAAGAGAGGCCGAAAACAGCAAACAAAGUCAGAGAACGUGAUCUCGACAGUGUGCGGGAUGUGCUUCAAUAUCAUGUCAAGAGCGACCUUGCCCAGGACGAACUGAAUGAACAGAAUGUUAUAUCAUUGCUCACAGAAGUCAUCAAGAAUAUGAGUGCAGAGAAUAAGGAGCUUACCUUCAAGCAGGAAACCGUUCAGGCUCUACGAGUAGGCCACGGAGUACAAGUGAGACGGGCGGAGGAGGAGAAGCAGAGGUUGACCGUCAUGAAUGAGCAGCUGCAAAGAACCUUGGGGGAAGAAGAAAAGUCCCUCUCCACCUUGCGCAAGACGCUGACGAGCCUGCGCUCCAGGAAGCGAGACCUGGAGGCGGAAAACCGGAGACUGAAGGGUGAGCUGGAACGAGGGGAGGAGCUGAAGAAGCAGCUGGACGAGGAGAGGGAGCUGGCGUCCGAAGCGGAGCAGCGUCUGAGGCAGUUGGAGAAGAGGCUGGAAUUUGAGCAGCAGCGCUCCGACAUGUGGGAGAGGCUCUACUUGGAAACCAAAGACCAGCGGGCCAAAGGAGACACGACAGACGACAAUGCACGUAAGCCAGGGAUGAUCAAGAAGACCUUCGACGCAGUCAAGAACUCCACCAAGGAUUUCGUCCGCCAUCACAAAGAGCAGAUUAAGAACGCUAAGGAAGCCGUGAAGGAAAACCUGCGCAAGUUCUCCGAUUCGGUCAAAUCGACUUUCCGCCGCUUCAAGGAUUCGGCGUCCACCUUCAUAGACAACGUGAAGAGAAAAGGCAAGAGGUUCUACCGAGACGAGUCAACAGAGAAAAAAAAAGCUCGACCCGACACUCGCAAAUCAGGAGAGCGAGCCUCUGGGCCCAAAGCUUGUCAGAGAGUCUUCGACUGCACCUACCAGGAGUCGGUCAGAGACUUCGACCGAGCAGCUGAGCCCGUGCGAGCCGACGAUGUCCACCGGCUACUCCGGAGCUACCUACGGCAGGAAGUCCGCCACUUCUCCCACUGGAAGGAACUGGAGAGCUUCAUCGAUGGCUUCUUCAUCGACGGCCUCUUCGUCCACGACCGCAUGCUCUUCGCCGACUUUGUCAGCAGCUUGGAACGCUACCUGGCCGACAUGCCCGAGUACCGCGGCCUCUACGACGACGUCUUCGGGGACGUCGACGACUUCAUCUUCAGAAAUCUGUUCGGGGAGCCGCACUCUCACGGCCACGCGCCACGCGGGCCUCUGGAACGACCGGGCCCGUACACCAAGGAGCAGUCGAGGACCAAGCAUCAAGGUCGUCGGCAGCAGAGACAAAGGGCGCGGCAUCACAGCGAGCGGAGAAACGGGCCCGUGGCUGACGUCAAAAUCGAACUGGGCCCCGUGCCAUUGGGUCCCAAAUACUGA